UUGGCGCCUUCUCUUCGCACCGUUUUCCGGAGACUGUUAAAGGAAGAGUCGCUUUUUCCUGCCUCCCAGGCUGCCCAGCGGCGCCGGUUGCCCGGGAACGCAAGCGCCGUGGGGAGGGAUGGCGGGAGGAUACUGCUUAGGUGCUGGAGACGGAGUUGAGCUGGUGAAGAAGAGCUCGGGCUCAUCAUGAAACAACGAAAAGGCCAAGGGUCUGGGGGCAGCCGUGGGCGCAAAAAAAGAGGCAUAACCACUCCUCAAACAAAAGUCAAAGGAAAAAAAGGUUUGAGUGACAUUUCUCCAUCUACAAGCCUGCCACCUCUGGUUGAAGGCCAGCUACGCUGCUUUCUAAAACUUACUGUUAAUAGAGUCAUAUGGAAGAUUGCAAAGCCUCCCACUUGUGUACUUGUCCGAGUGAGAUGGUGGGGAGAAACAUCAGAUGGAACCCUCUUUUGUCCCAGGGAUGCAUUGCAGACUGAACCAAAAGCUGUGAGAACAACUACACGUUAUGCUAUUCGUUGUGGUCCAAAACAGUUUAUCUCUUAUCUAACAGAUAUGGCUGUGCUGGUGCUGGAAGUAAUCACCAAACUUGACCAUCUUCCAAUUGGUAGAGUUCAGAUCAAUGGACUAGCUCAACUUUCUCCAACCCAUCAAAUCAAUGGAUUUUUUACCAUUGUUUCAUCAACAUCCAAGAAACUUGGAGAACUCCAGGUCUCGCUUGCCCUGGAACCUCUGUCAGAAACUUACGACAGCUACCAUCCACUUCCUACCACUGACAUGACAGAAAAUGUGCUUUUAUCUAAGCAAGGAUUCAGAGAGAAUGCUGAACCCAGCAGUACCCAGUUUCAGGUUCCAUCAAGGCCUCGCGACAUACAUACCAUCAAAAUUGAUGGAAAAGAGUUAGCAGCCAACAGCAGUAGAUCAACCACUCCGAGGGGAAAAGACCAUGUAUACUUUGCAGAGAACCCUGAUACAAUAAAGGAUUCUUCCUUUGGACUACAGCACCAUCUUAAUUCAGGACAGAGUUUAGAGUCUGUAACUCUGAAAGGCAGAGCUCCACGGAAGCAGAUGUCCCUUCUGAACAGUUCUGAAUUCCAGCCUCAAAUUAGAACACUUGCCAAGAGUCACAGUGACUCAUGCAUUCUUUCUUCAAACAACCCCCCUACCAAGGAUCUUCUUUCAGCUCUGUUAGAACAAGGCAAUAAACUGCGUAAUGCCAUGGUGAUUUCUGCAAUGAAAUCAAGCCCAGAGACCAGCAUGUUGUUGGACCAAGUUCAUCCUCCUGUUAAUGAAGAUUCUCUUAGAGCAUCAACACAAAUCAGAGCCUUUUCUAGGAAUCAGUUUAAAGACCACAUUGAAGAUCACCUCCUCCCUUCAACUGAGAAUACAUUUUGGAGACAUGACACAAAAGCUGAUACCAGAGCUAUACAGCUGCUAUUAGGCAGUGCUGAAUUAUCCCAAGGCAAUUUGUGGGAUGGGCUAGGCUCUCCUCCAGAUUCCCCAUCUCCUGGGAGUGAUGUGUAUUGCAGCAGUGAGCUGAAUGACCCUCAGUAUGACCAGAGUCUCCUGGAGAACUUAUUUUAUACAGCACCUAAAUCUGGUACCAGCAUCAGUGAUUUACUCAGUGAAGAGGAUGAUAUUGUCCCUUCUAAAAAAAUAAGCCAGUCAACAGCUCUUGCCAGAUCAUCUAAGGUUCUGGAGUCAAGUGAUCAUAAGCUGAAGAAGAGGUCAGCAGACAAGAGAAAUAGAAAUUUGGUUGAACAACAGAUGCUCUCAGAAACUCCAGAAGAUGCCCAAACGAUGACACUAAGUGUGAAUAGACUGGCCCUUUUGGGUAGAACACAUUCAGUCAGAAUCAUCAUCGAAACCAUGGGAGUUCCUCCAGACAGUCCUCAGAUGACCCCUGGCAAAAAAAGCUAUGCUGGUCCACCACAUAAGAUGACUACAGCAAAAAAGCGCACUUUCUUUGUAGAAUAUCACUUUCCUGUGGGCUUUUCGGAAAGCAGAUUGGGAAAGACAGCUUUGAUCACUGAGGUUGUUCGACUCGCCUCCAGUAAAAUUACAGAUGGAAAGGUGAAGUUCCAGCAGCGAUUUGUGUUUCCAGUACAGUUUGGUGGCCCAAUGAUAGAGCACUGGUGGAAUUCCAACCUCACUUUCCAAAUUUAUGUAAAGAAAACUCCACAGAAAAAGCCAGAAGUCAUUGGAUCUGCGUCACUUUCUUUGCGAGCUGUCAUUCAAUCAGAGCUGCUUUCUUUCAGUGAUCAACUUCCAGUGCAACAAGAAAAUGGUCAGUCUCCAUUUGGCCCCUUCAAGGUAACCAUGGAGCUUAUUACAGAUAACAAAGAUUUCACUGGUAUCAAUACUAAGUUAAGUGGCAACACCCAUUAUACCCCACUUUGUGCUCCUACAAGUCCAAAUAAGGCACUACCAGAACUUAACCAAGAUAUGACCUGUACCAAAAAUCCACAAAACUUAAAUCAAAUUCAUGAGGAAACUGCAAAGAAAGCACAGAACUUGGUGCUCCCCAACCGAAAGUCACCAAGCCCUGUAGCACCACAUCCUUCAACCUUCAUAGCUACGCCAGCCUCCCAUAAUUUAGUCAAUCAGACAAAUGGGUCAACAAAAGAGAGUGCUUUGCUGUUGCAUGUGCUGUUGAUGGUGCCAGAUGGGAAAGAUUUUAUUAGUGGAGAAUCUGAGAAACAAUCACCAUGCAAUGUUUAUUUAAAUUGUAAACUCUUCAGCACAGAGGAAGUCACCAGAUCUGUCAUCGCAUGGGGCACAACACAGCCGGUCUUUAACUUUUCUCAGGUGAUUCCUGUUUCUCUGUCUUCAAAAUACCUGGAAAGGCUUAAGAACAAUGUGAUGGUAAUUGAAACUUGGAAUAAGGUGCGGAGCCCAGGACAGGACAAGCUGCUCGGGCUGGUGAAACUUCCCCUCCACCAGUUUUACAUGUCAUUCAAAGAUCCUAAGAUUUCUCGCCUGCUGCUGGAUGCCCAGUACCCAGUUGUUGCUGUCGACCGCUACAUGCCUGUGAUUGAUGUGUUUUCAGGCCACCAAAAUGGGAGUCUUCGAGUCUUUUUAGCUAUGGGUUCUUCAAAUCAAAUAAUGGCACUACAAAGAUUAAAGAAUGAAGAAGGAACACUCCCUCCCUUCAGCCCUAGGCCACCCCAUUUCCUGGACCAGCCAACUGCAGCAUCUGUUGCUAUGGCAGAGGACCGAGGAAAUGGACUGAUGGAGCACUGCUUUGAGAUCCAUGUAGAGAUGGUUAAAGGGCUAGCCCCUCUUCAGGCAACAGUCUGGGGAGAAGCAGAUUGUUAUGUCCAGUACUACUUUCCAGUUCAACACUCGCAAUCCAGUGUGCUGAAAGGACCUGAGUUCCUUGAAAAUGGAAUUACUCUGAAGCCCUUCAGAACUGCAACCACACUCUGUGUUCCGGAUCCCAUCUUUAAUAGUGAACAUCAUCACUCUCUCCUGUUGCCAGCUGAAGUUCCAGUGCAAAGGCUCCUACUAAGUGCCUUCUCUGCACAGGGCCUCGUGCCUGGAGGUGGAGUCCAGUUUGAAAUCUGGUGCAGAUACUAUUAUCCUAAUGUGAGAGACCAGCAGGUCGCCAAAGGAACCUUGCCAUUAUCAAAGAUCUGUGCUAUGGUAACCACCCAGCAUCGUGAGGAUGUGGGAAUACAGACCUUUAAUCUCCCUUUAACCCCCAGGAUUGAGAACAGGAAAGAAUUGAGGAACCAGUCAUCAGGUUUACUGGAUGUGGGCCUAAGGUAUAGGCGUAGUCCAAGAACAGCAGAGGGAGUUCUUGCUGCCCGAACUGUUUCCAUCUCAGUCCAGAUUAUCAGAGCCUGUGGUCUGCAAGCAGCAGCCAAGGCUUUGGCUGAACAGGAACCCGCUCUACAGUUUAGUGCCACAGUCGGGGUCAAUGCCUCUGUCACCACUCAUCUCUCCUUCCUGCCCCAGGGAGAACAGCGCCGAACCCACCCUGUGGCCUGUUCCUUCUGCCCUGAGUUCUCCCAUCAUGUUGAGUUCACAUGUAACUUGGUAACUCAGCACUGUAGUGGAGAGGCCUGUUUCCUAGCAGAGUUGUUGGAGUUUGCAGAAGUUAUUUUUGCUGUCUAUCAUGAAAAUACCAAGUCAGCCAGUGAUAUAAUCAGUAUUGAGUCAUGCAAAGAGUAUCUGCUUGGAGUAGUAAAAGUUCCAACAAAAGAGCUGCUGAUCAAGAGAUCUGGGAUCACAGGAUGGUAUCCUAUCAUUUUACCAGAAGACGGGGGCCUACCUCAUGGCUUGGAGCUCAUGCAGAAGAUCGUGGGUGGUCUGGAGCUUUCGGUUUCCUUCACACAUCGUGGAGAUAGAGAACGGGUGUUGGAAGCUGCUGAGCUAUUGGGCUGGAGCUUUGAGAACAGCCUGAAAGAUUUUGUCAGAAUGGAUGAAGGGGAGCCAGCCACUGUCACCAUCUCCACCCCAAGGCUGUGGCUGCCCAUCCAUUGCGUGCUGCUUGCUGGCCAUAACCACAUUCAUAGGAAUACAUAUUGCUACCUUCGCUACAAGUUCUAUGAUCAUGAAGCCUUUUGGACCCCUCUCAAGAAGCCUAAGGAAUCUGUAAACAAAAAGCAGAUUAUGGUUCCUUUCAAGGCAUCCAAAAGAGCAGAAAUCACCAGGGGCCCAUCACUGCUUUGGUACUUCAGGGAGGAGAGGCUAGAGAUCCAAGUGUGGCGAGCUUAUGGCAAUGACAGUGUGGAGAGACCGCAUCAGACAGACAGCUGGAUUGGCUCAGCCUAUGUGGACCUGGCCAGACUUGGGGAGAGGUCAGCAAGGACACUAACUGUCAGUGGUGUGUACCCUCUGUUUGGACGAAAUGCUUCCAACCUCUCAGGAGCUGCCUUGCGAGUUCAUGUGGUUCUUUCCUCUCUUUCCUCACACCUUGAGCCCACUCAUGAGCUGGACUCCAUGGACUACAGCAGCCACAGUGAGUCUGAGCAGCUCCCCAGAAGGAAUGAUGAGGUCCAGCUCUCUCCACCAGAAGUCGUCUCCUGCCACCAGAAGUCUCCUGCCUCCACCCAGGUCCCCUGCAGCAGCACCACAGCUGAAGUCUGCCUGACCCAGGAGGGCCCUGCUGAGUCAGAUGGAACAUUUGCAGUCAGCAUCCUAGUAGAAAGAGCAAUGCACUUGAGCUUGAAAGGGAGCCCCUUGACAGAGCGGAAAGUAUCGAUACCCAGUUGUUGUGUAUCCUUUGCAACAGCCGAUGAGUCAUCUCCUGUAUACACCCAAGUGGCUGAAAACACAGAUUCCCCCAUCUGGAAUUUUCAACAGCAGUCAAGGCUAUCAAAAGAGCUGCUUCUGGACCCACAACAAACCCUGGUCUUCAAAGUUUGGCAUAAAGGAGAUGAGGAGAGGGUGAUUGGCUUUGCCUCGGUGGACCUCUCCCCACUUCUCUCUGGCUUCCAGUUUGUCUGUGGCUGGUACAACAUCACGGACUUCAGUGGAGAGUGCCAGGGGCAGAUAAAAGUUGCUGUCUCCCCUUUGGAGAGUUUGAUACACUUCAAAGAAGAAAAGCAAGCAAGGCGUGGAGUGGAGACCUCAAAAUCACUGAUCCCAAUAUACAGUCCCUUUUCCUUCCCUGCCUCUGAUAUGUAUGCUGCAUUCUCUAGCCACAUGGCAAGGCAGACCCUAGACCAAGUUGCUCUUGCCUCCUCAAAGGAACUUGAUUUCUCCUCUCCUGGGAGUGGUACCACAAGAAGCCAAGCAUCACGCCAUGAAGAGCAUGUGCAGAACAUUCGCCGGUUUCAUGAAUCCCUGCAUCUUCAGGGAGAGGCACUCUUGCCAUGUGAUGACAAACUGACCACAUCACCUUUGUCCUCCCAAACCUCCAUUCUGACUUCUCUCAGGAAGAAUCUUAGUGAGCUUGAUCAGAUCCAGAAGUACUUCAGCCAGAAGCUUACCAAGCCUUUCUUACCCCUCAGCCCUCAGACUCAAACGGCCAUCUCACAGCACCAGGAGAGCUGUAGUGACCAUCUUGGGCCAGGUGCCAGCAGCCUAGACCCUGGGAGCCAGUGUAUCCUGGAGAAAUCCAGUAACCUGGUGUUGCAAGUCAGCUCCUUAAUCACGGAUCUGCAGACUAUCACCAGGGAUUCGCAAGCAGCUUUGAGUUCUCACCGAGCCAGGAGUAGAAGCAACAAGGCCACCACCCUCCCAGAUGCUCAGGACACAGAGGCACUGCAAGAACGAUGCACAAUGCCAGAUGAGCCAUUGGCAAGAGCUCCAGAUAAGGGCACAGAUUCCCCACCACCCCCUCCUCUCGAAGAGGCUUCAAAUGGAAGAAGAAUGCUCCAUGAGUCCCUGAGGUAUACAGUACCCAUUACAAGAAUGCAGGGCAGUGAAGACACUGAGGGAGGCCCAGCCUACAGUGAUGAGGACUAUGAAGAAGACAUCAUUGAACCCAGGACCUUAAAUGAGAUCACCACGGUGACAGACAAAACUAGCCCUUGGUCUAGUUUCAUAUCAGACACAAGUGAGGUCAUCAGCCCUCAGCCUGACGAGGUGCAGAGGGAAGGCCCCUCUUGUCCUUCUCCAGGGACUUUCUGCAGAGAGGAGCUUACGGUCAAAAGUAGCUUUCUCUCCAGCCCAGAAAGGGCUGUCAACCCCCACCUGCCUAGGCAGGGUUCUCCUAGCCAAAGUCUUGUUGCUUGUGAGUGUGAGGGCUCUAAGGCCAGGGUUGGUGGUGAGUCUGCCUCAGCUAACCCUCAGCCCAUCCCAUGCCCGACACUCUCAGGAGCUCAGCAGAGCAGCACGUUUGUUGGAUGGAGCUCACCACAGGCAGAUCAGAACAAGGAGCCCAAGUCAGAGGCCCCAGCUGAGAAUGAAGCUGCCACCAGUGAGCUCAGUGACUCUGCUGAUAGCUUCAAGAAGUUGCCGCUAAAUCUAGCCUCCCAGACCAGAAGGAAAAACCAUAAGGGACCACCCAUCGACUCCUCUGACAUCAGGCAGAGGCAGGUGACAACUGGAUCAGAGACGUCCACAAAGCAGAGCCUCCUGCUCCCAGGGCCCAUUGUGGUGCCCAACUUCUUUUUGCCUCCCCAGCAGUUGGAGGCUUCCCUGCGGAUGCUGUCACUCUCAGCAAGUUUGCCACCAGCAGCCACAACAGAUCAGGGUCUCACUCUGUUGCCCAGACUGGAGUGCAGUGGCAUGAUCACAGCUCCCUUACACCCGCAAACUCCUGGGUUCAAGCGAUCCUCCGCCUCAGCCUCUCGAGUAGGACAAGAGCAAAGCCACCAGGGGAGCCCUCUCCCAAAGGCCUUGUCGCCCCAGACCUAACUCGCUCCCCUCCAACCUGCCUGAGGAAGAAACCCGCAGGAUUGCACGGAUAUUUUCUUCUCGGUACUUCCAGAAAGACUGACGCAGCCUGAGGGGCUGGGGGAAGGAGACACCUGCCCACCCUCCCUCAGCUUUGUCCAGCUUGCAGGAGGCACCAGGUCUGGCUCCUUCAGGGCUGUCACAGUCCUGAAACCACCACUUGCCUAGGCCAUGGAUGCCUCAAGAGACCUGGUCAGCCCAGACUGGAGGAGUGCCCCAAACCAGUCCAGUGUCCACUUGCCAGAUUUCAGCUCCUUUCUUCUGUGGUGAGGCAAAGGCUAGAAACAAAAUGGAAUCCGCGCCCAAGUGGGACCCAAGCAGGCAUCUUUCGGUGGAGAAACACCUCCCAGCGUCCUUGACACAGCUGACUGCUGGCAUGAGCCCACCCUCUGCCUGAAGAUGCGGGACCAUUUUUGCCUUAAAAGUUGGGGAGGAGGGACAUGUAGAUUGUGUGCAUUGUGCAUAGUCAAGGAAAUCCUAGGGCCACCUCCAGUUCAUUUGUGUGGGAACAAGGAUAUUUUAUAGAUACAAAUUAUUUUUAUGCUGUGUUGAAUUAAUCAAUUAGGAGAGGAAGGGGAAAUCACCUCCUUCAAACUUUUUAUCUGAUUGUCUAAAAUUCUAACCAUGCUUUUAACUUAUUGUUUUUACCCAGCUCUGAAGGUCAUUGUUCUUGCCUGUGUUUGAAUAAAAUCAUAUUGGUGUUUGUAA